ACCGGAAGUACUAAAUUAAAUUCCGGCUGGCUUGACACUGGUGUGGAAAAGAUGGCUGCUUCGGCGGCAACGGCGAGUUCUUCCCCCGGUUUGUGUCCAAAUUACGCCGUGAUUUGCUCCUUUCUGGAGCGCUACGGAGCGUUGCUGGACUUACCAGAGCUCACCUUCCCCCAGCUGGAGAGAUAUCUGCAGGACACAUCCUCAGUUCCAAAGUUGCUGGUUGAUCUUCACGUCAAGUUGCUGAGGAAGAUCGGCAAGUCAGUGUCAGCAGACAGAUGGGAGAAGUAUCUCGUAAAGGUAUGCCAAGAGUUCAACACAACGUGGGCAUGGGAACUCGAACAAAAAGGAUACAAGGACAUGACGACAGAGUGCAAGACGGGGAUACUUAAAUAUUUGUGCGAGUGUCAGUUUGAUGAAAAUGUCAAGUUCAAAACAGCCAUCAAUGAGGAGGACCCAGAUAAGAUGCGGCUGCAGCCGAUUGGCCGGGACAAAGACGGUCAGAUGUAUUGGUUUCAACUGGACCAAGACGACAAUGUGCGUGUUUAUAUCGAGGAACAGGAUGACUUAGAUGGGUCAUCAUGGAAAUGCAUUGUCAAAGAUAGAAACGACUUAGCUGAGGUGGUGGCUCUGCUGAAGACACAAAUUGAUCCUGAGCUGUUAAAAAAAGAACAAGAAAAGAAGGAGAACGAAGGAGAAGGUGAAGUCAAAAAGAUCACAUCAGACACAUCAGAUGAAGACAGCAAAGACACCAACAAGGAUGUCUGUCCAGUCUCACCAAAGACAGAGAAUGAUGAAAAAGUGACACAGAAAGACAGCUCGAUAUCAGAAGCCCCUGAGGCCAAAUCGUCGCUCAAUGGCAUCACUGAAGGCAAACCUGAAACAGAACUCUGUUCAGAAAAACCCGCUGAGGAUCUCAGCAUCAGUACAAAAGCUCAGAACAUUAAAGAAGAGCCGAUGGAGGUGUCGGACACUAAAACAAGCACAACAACAAGUGAACCCGCCUCUGAGACCCCAUGUAUAUCAGUAAAAGCAGAAAAGGGAGAGGAGGCCAAGAAGAACAGUGCUGAGGAGAUUCAACAGGCUCUGAAGAACGACCAACAGGCCAAAAUCCCUUUGAAAAAAAGAGGAAUGAAAUUUAGUGAAGACUUAAAAAAUAGCAGCAUCAUAGUACAAAACCCAUCUCUCUCUCAGGUCAAGGAAGAUUCAAAAGCUGACUCGACACCUGAACCGACAAAGAAAGCGAAGAGUGUGACUGAUCAUGUUAACGGUGAGGUUCAGCCUACACCAGAGAAAGAGCUCCAGAGUCAGUUGUGCGAGUCACUAAAAGAUGCUGCCACUGACAAAGAGCAGACGACAGAACCAGCUGCAGAUAAAUCGGUAGAAACCAGAGAAAACGAGUCGACAUCCACAGACAAGGAUGACGUGAAAGAUAAAAAGGAUGAAGUCUGCAGUGAAGAGAAGGCCACAGAGGAAAUCAUAUCACACCAAGGAGAUGUGGACAAGAAAAAACAAGAUAUGGAAAGCACUGCAUCAAAAGAAAAGAAAGAAGAGUAUUGCCCAUCACCAACAGAACCGCUACCUUUACCUAAAGACACAAAUAAUGCACUCGAGAAGUCUUCUAAUCAUGAAGAGCAUGAAAAACGAAAAGAAUCCAAACCAGCAGAUAAAAACAAGUCUUGUGCAGGAGACAGGACGACUACAUUAAAGGAAACCGAUAAAACAUUAACAGCUGGUGAGUCAGAGAAAGUCAAAUCCAAAGAGGUUGAAUCAAAAGAUUCAGAGAAAAGAACAGCCUGUGUAGACAUGGACACAUCAGAGUCAAGUCAGACUGAAGAAACAAAGAAGUCAGAGGUGACAGAAAAUGUAACAGACAUGAAGCAAACAGAUGCUGAAGUGAGCAAUGCUAAAGAAAUGGAGACAUGUGAAACUAAUUUAGAGAAAACUGAUAACUCUGUACUGAAAGAGAAGUCUGGAGUCAUUAAAACCACAGAGACAGAGUGUGCAGAUAAAGAUCCUGCAAAUAAAUCUGUCGACUCUGAGAACGCAGUAUCACCAUCUGCCAAUAAAAAGAUAGAAAUGCUAAAAGAGAGCGAUAAUACAGAGACCCAAGAAGUCACACAAAGCUUGAAGCCCAUUAAAAAGGCAGACGAACCAAUAAUCACUCAGAAAUCAGAAGAAACGUCCAACACUAAAGAGAGUGUGGAGUCUUCGGUUGUUAAAAAUGUAGACAAAUCAGGCUUGGGUAAACCUGUCGAGGAGCACAAUAACAUCAAAGAUGCAGAGAUGACUACAGAGAAAGACUCCGAGACGAAGGUCUCAGAAGAACCGCCUAAACAAAUUGAGGCAAAAAGUCCUUCAUCAGAGAGUAAAAAGGAUGCCAGCAAGGAAUAUGAAAAGGAGACGGAUAAUGAAAAACUCAAAAACGACACUGAGAAACACCCUAGUCAAGACAAGGAUGGUACAGAGGAUUCAACAACAGAUAAACUCUCAAAAACUGAAACCUCAAACGAGGAGAAAGAUACUGGCAAAGAGAGUGAAGCCUCCAAGGAGAAGGAUACUAGCAAAGAGAGUGAAGCCUCCAAGGAGGAAAAAUCUUGUAAAGAGAGCGAAACCUCAAAGAAGGAGAAAGAUACUGGCAAAGAGAGUCAAACCUCCAAGGAGGAGAAACCUUCUGGCAAAGAGAGUCAAACCUCAAAGGAGGAUAAAGAUGCUCCUAAAGAGAGUCAAACCUCCAAGGAGGAGAAACCUACUGGCAAAGAGAGUGAAACCUCCAAAAAGGAGAAACCUAUUGGCAAAGAGAGUAAAUCCUCCAAAGAGCAGAAAGAUACUGGCAAAGAGAGUGAAACCUCAAAGGAGGAUAAAGAUGCUCCUAAAGAGAGUCAAACCUCCAAGGAGGAGAAACCUACUGGCAAAGAGAGUGAAACCUCCAAGAAGGAGAAACCUAUUGGCAAAGAGAGUAAAUCCUCCAAAGAGCAGAAAGAUACUGGCAAAGAGAGUGAAACCUCAAAGGAGGAGAAACAUUCUGGCAAAGAGAGUGAAACCUCAAAGGAGGAGAAACAUUCUGGUAAAGAGAGUGAAACCUCCAAGGAGGAGAAACUUGGUCACAAAGAGAUUAAAACCUCAAAGAAGGACAACGAUGCCCCUAAAGAGAGUGAAAUGUCCAAGGAGGAGAAACCUUCUCGCAAAGAGAGUGAAACCUCCAAGGAGGAGAAACCUUCUGGCAAAGAAAGUGAAACCUCCAAAGAGGGGAAACCUUCUGGCAAAGAGAGUAAAACCUCCAAGGAGAAACCUUCUGGCAAAGAGAGUAAAACCUCCAAGGAGGAGAAACCUUCUGGCAAAGAGAGUGAAACCUCCAAGGAGGAGAAACUUUCUGGCAAAGAGAGUGAAACCUCCAAAGAGGGGAAACCUUCUGGCAAAGAGAGUGAAACCUCCAAAGAGGGGAAACCUUCUGGCAAAGAGAGUAAAACCUCAAAGGAGGAGAAACCUUCUGGCAAAGAGAGUGAAACCCCCAAGGAGGAGAAACUUUCUGGCAAAGAGAGUGAAACCCCCAAGGAGGAGAAACCUUCUGGCAAAGAGAGUGAAAGCUCCAAGGAGGAGAAACCUUCUGGCAAAGAGAGUGAAAGCUCCAUGGAGGAGAAACCUUCUGGCAAAGAGAGUGAAAGCUCCAAGGAGGAGAAACCUUCUUGUGAAGUGAGUGAAAGCUCCAAGGAGGAGAAACCUUCUGGCAAAGAGAGUGAAAGCUUGACCAAAAUGGAGGAAUCUGACCACCAAAAUGUGAGCAAAGAACCAGAAAACAAAUCCUCAACAGGAACGGACCAACCAAUCAAAGAACCAGAUGCUGAAAAGCCCACUGACGAAAGUAAAAGCAAAAGUGAAGAGGAGGAGUCCACAACGAAAAAAGAGGUGGUGAAUGGUGAGGAAGCUCCAUCAGAUGCUCAGAAGCAGGGUGUUAGGCGGAAAGUCAAGCGCCCGGCCCACCGAAGGAAAGCUGAACUUCAGAGAGAGGAGAGACAAGGAGACUCUGAGUCAGACACCAACGUGGGAAGAUCACUUCGGAGAUCGCCGAGGAUCUCCAGGCCGACACCGAAGGCUGUGGAGAUCCAUGACAGAAAGCUGGAGAAAUCACAGGCUGCUCCAUCAGCUGAGAAGCGUGAGGACGACAAGGGUGAGAAGGAGAAAGACGAAGAGGAGGAGGAAGAGGAAGAAGAGGAGGAGGUGAAGGCUGUUCAGAAGAAGCCAAGGGAGAAAAAGGCUGAUCAGGAGGGUCAGCCGAAACCUAAGGGGAGAAAGAGGCGGAAGGUUCGAUGGUCCAACACGCGAACACGUCGUAAAAAGAAAGGCUCGGCAGAUGAAGAAGAGAGCAGCGACGAGGAGUCCAGCGAAGAGGAUGAGACUGAGGAAGAGGACGACAGCGACGAAGACUACAAGGUCGAGCGAAGUAGAAAGAGGCGGAAUCGCAACAGGGAAAGACGAAGCUCGGACUCUUCAACAUCCUCAGAUGACGACCUACCUCCAAAUGACGACCCCUGCAAACAUUGUGGUCUUCCAAAUCACCCUGAGCUGAUCUUACUGUGUGAUUCGUGUGACAGUGGGUACCAUACAGCCUGUCUGAGGCCUCCCCUCAUGAUCAUCCCCGACGGAGAAUGGUUCUGUCCACCCUGUCAACAUAAAAAGCUCUGUGACAAAUUAGAAGAGCAGCUCCAAAAUCUCGACGCUGCUUUGAAAAAGAAGGAACGAGCUGAGAGAAGGAAAGAGCGUCUCAUCUAUGUUGGAAUCAGUGUUGAAAACAUCAUCACGCCCUCUGUGGAGGUAGAAGAAGAAAAGCCAGAGAUCAUCAUCAAAGAGAAGAAGGAACCAAAGCGAAGUAAGAGCUGGGGUCGUAGGUCUACGAGGGCGAAGAAAUCCAUCAGCUACAGAUUUGAUGAAUUCGAUGAGGCGAUCGAGGAGGCAAUUGAAGAAGACAUCAAAGAAGCAGAGGGUGGAGGAGCUGGUCGGGGUAAAGACAUGGCCAACAUUACAGGCCACAGAGGAAAGGACAUGUCUGCCAUCCUUCAAGCGGAGGAGGGCAAGGAAAACGGCCGCCCGCCCCGAUCCUCCUCUGGACAGCGCAGGAAAAAACGCCGGCGACUCAACGAUCUGGACAGCGACAGCACCGUAGAUGAGGAGGAAAGUGAGGAAGAGUUUCGCCUCAGUGAAAGCUCAGAAGAAGAAUUCGUCGUAUCAGAAAAUGACUCGGAGGCUGAAACAGAGGCAGAGUCCAACAACAGCGACUUGGGCAGCAACAGCAGCGGUAAACAUCACAGGUCUUCGCGGGCCAGGAAGCCACCGACACAACGGCGAAGCUCCAGAAAGCGGCGGAGACCGAAGGGGUACUCGGAUGAUGAAGAAGAGGAGACAGACGAGGAAGAUGAAGAUGAAAUCGUGACUGAAGGCUCCAGCGAGUACAGCGACAGUGAUCUGGACAUGAGUCGACGGCGGUCUCGGCGGAGUCAGAAGAAGCAGGUGAACUACUGCGAGACGUCCGAGUCUGAAGGUUCACAGGCUGAAACCAACCGGGCCAAAAUGAAACCCAGACGACGCCAGGAGAGCUCCGACAGCGAGGCGAGUUUCUCUAGAGACUCUGAGGAGGAAUCGAGGAAUCCGAGGGUGAAGAGGAGAGCCGACUCCUCGGAGGAAGACUCCCGGCAGCGGCGCAGGCGGCUCGCACUAAAACGCAGGAGAGCUUCUGAAGACGACGACUCGGACGACGACUCGGACGAAUCGUCGGAGGAGGACCGCCCCAUCCGCAAACGGGUGAACCGCAUUGACUCAGACGAUGACGACGAGGAACCGGAGGAGAAACCGAAGGAGAAGAAAGCAGCUGAAAUAGCAGACGAGGAGUCAAAGGGAACAAACGCAGUGGACUGCAAUCCGGUGGAGCUGCCACCCACCAAUGGACAGAGCAUGAUAAAGAGCCUCGAGGGCCCCGUCAGCCGACCCACGGCCGCCGCUCCAGGCCUCAUCCCGAGUCUGGAGGCACCCAAAAACAUCAGUGCCACACCAGCCGCUGCCAUAGCACCAAACGGUUUGGUUGGCCAGGAGAUGGCAGCGCAGGAUGACGACGAAGACGACCUGUUAGGAGUCACAGACCUAGUGGACUACGUCUGCAAUAACGAAGACUUGUAAAAACAAAAAUAUGGUGUACUGUUUCAUUUUUUUGUGGUAUUGUAUUUUUAUAUUGCUUAACUUUAUUAUUCCCUCCCCCACCAACACCUCCAACCACCUCCUCGUCCUUUUUACCUGUGUCAUCUGGAGCUCAGAGUCUCAGCAAUCUCUGCUACAGUAAGAACUGGAUACCUGUCACCAGUCUAAUGCUGUCCCUGUGGGAUUGCACAACAAAUAAGGGCACCAAACUCUCAUUUGGUUGAUGAUAAUAAUCCGUUUACCUGCAAACCAACCACGUCAUCCAGCUCCACUGCCAAACCACCUUCUUCCUCUGAAACAAUGUCCCUCAUUUCUUCUGUCACAUCGUCCUGUGUCUUUUUUGUUGUUGUUUUUGUUCCAUCCAAGUUUUCUACAAAUUUUAGCUCCUGUACUCGUCUACAUUGAUGGAGAAUUGGCACUGAAAUGUGGGUAAAUAGUUUAAGAUUGCCCAUUUGAAUGCAAAAUGACUGACAUUUUAAAAAUAAGUCAUUCCAUUAGAAAUUUGAAGAUGAAUCGUGGUUUUACAUCUUAUCCGUUAAAGGAAAUGUUUGGCAUUUUUUGGGAAAGGCAGAAAGUGUCGGUGAGAACAUUGAUACCACACUCGUACAGGAAAUAUGAAGCUACUGCAGGUCAGCUUAGUUAAGCAGACUGGUUUACUUUUAAUAAGCUCUUUUCUUCCGGUCAGACAGCAGCCACAGCAGGACCUGCCUGCCUCUAGCUGCUUUAGCUAUGACAUGCUUUGUUUUUGGGUGCUUGGCCCAAGGUUGCAGUAGACUACGCCAUGGUCCUUCAUUGUAUUAUUUAGUUUGCAGUCUUUUAAAAACCCUAAAGAAAUCUGAACAUUUUUAAAACAUGGCUUUGCGGCAAGUAGUUUUAAUUUCAGCACUGAUAGUAAUACAACGGGGGAAAUUUGAUAAUCGUUAAUGAUACUGAUUGGCCACGAUAAUCAUAGCAUGAAGAGGUGAUACAGGUCCACUUGCCAACACACAGCACGUUAUGUCUUGUUUGUUAAAUCUGUACAAACUGACAGUAUAAAGAAUGGACAGCGUAUGCACAACGUCACCAUUGGGUCCAUCAAAAUCUGUGGCACUGUCCGUGGCCGUGUUGAAAGUCCUUCCACCUCCUGGCUAAUCUAAAAAUCAGCAGCUGUGGAUCAUCAACGGACCUGAGACAGGCCGAAUAACACCUGGGUGCUCAAACAAGCCGUCUGUAAUGGCAUCUACCUGUCAAUCAAAGUGGUCGCACUGUUAAUUCUGCAUUAUUUUAAGACUUUAUAUAAUCUGAACAGGUGAGUUCUAUA